AUCGACAAUGCCAUGAUGCAGCAGGAGUCUCGCAAGCUGCUCGGAGAUGAUGCUGCCUCAGAUGACGACAGCGACCGCGAGGAACACCUCCCCCAGCCCCGCAACGAGAGCCUGAGCCCGAACCCCAAUAGUAGGCCAAAUAGCAGCUCACCCCGUCCGCAUGGGAACCGCCAAUCCUCCUUCGCACAGCCGAGACCAGAUGGGGCCCCGCGGACGCCGAAUCGCGUGAGGUUCCAGGAGUCGGCGAAUGGAGAUGCGAGGGCGAACGGCCGCACGAGCUCGGAAUGGGUGGAGCUGGAGGGGGAGGACUAUAUGGAUGAUGACCCGGGGCGGAAUUCAGAGGGAAGAGAGCGCGUGCAGCGGUUGCCGCUGCUCACGGGGAUCGAGGCACCAAGUGUGACGGUUGCGGAUGAGAUGUUCAAUCCGGAGGACCUUCUGGAGAGUGCGAGGCCACGGAGUAAUAUGAGCAGUGCCUUUAUGAACAUGGCCAACAGCAUCAUUGGUGCUGGAAUUAUUGGGCAACCUUACGCGUUUCGCCAGGCCGGCCUCAUAACUGGAACCAUCCUCCUCAUAAGCCUUACGGUGACAGUGGAUUGGACAAUCCGGCUCAUAGUCAUAAAUUCGAAGCUGAGCGGCGCCGACUCGUUUCAGGCGACCAUGGAGAAAUGCUUUGGCAAAUCUGGAUUGGUUGCCAUUUCCCUAGCACAAUGGCUCUUCGCCUUUGGAGGCAUGAUCGCCUUUUGUAUCAUUGUUGGAGACUCAAUACCCCACGUCUUCAACGCCAUAUUUCCUAAACUCAAAGACAUGUCAUUCCUCUGGCUUCUCACCGAUCGGCGAGCGGUCAUUGUCAUUUUCAUACUCGGGGUCUCGUACCCGCUCUCACUGUAUAGAGAUAUUGCUAAAUUAGCGAAAGCAAGCACAUUGGCGUUAAUCAGCAUGUUGGUUAUUAUUGUUACGGUCAUCACACAGGGAUUUCGAGUCCCUGCGGAGUUGCGCGGCGAGUUGAAAGGCGGCAUAAUCAUACACUCGGGCAUAUUUGAAGCGAUUGGCGUUAUUUCUUUUGCAUUUGUCUGCCAUCACAACUCCCUCCUCAUCUACGGCUCCCUCAAGAAACCUACCAUUGACCGCUUCUCCCGCGUCACCCAUUACUCUACGGGCAUCUCCAUGGUCGCAUGCCUCGUCAUGGCUCUUACCGGCUACCUCACCUUCGGCAGCAAAACGGAGGGCAACGUCCUCAACAACUUCCCUACCGACAACGUUAUGGUCAAUGUUGCACGGUUCUGCUUCGGCCUAAACAUGCUCACUACCCUCCCGCUCGAAAACUUCGUCUGCCGCGAAGUAAUGACAACCUACUACUUCCCGCACGAAGCCUGGGACCCAAACCGCCACCUCCUCUUUACCACCGUCCUCGUAUUCGCCGCCAUGUCUCUCAGCCUGCUCACCUGCGACCUCGGCGUCGUGUUCGAGCUCGUUGGUGCCACUAGCGCGUGCGCGUUAGCUUACAUAUUCCCCCCGAUUUGUUACAUCAAGUUGAGUAGUCGGAGCUGGCGCACGUGGGCUGCGGGUGGCGUCGCGGCGUUUGGGUGUACGGUUAUGCUUAUCUCUACGGUCCUCAGUGUAAGUAAGAUUGUUAGGGGUGGAGAAGAAGGGAAGACGUGUAGUUGAAGUAGGACUAUAAGUAGCAUUGAGUAGGCGUUUAGGAUAGAUCUAUGGGUUGGUUUGAUGUUGAGCAGGUAACUUUUGAUGGGCAGAACAUGAUGUAAUGCGGUCUAGCUAAUGGCUGUGCAAUUCACUUUGCAGGAUGCCAAAUAGUUCAAAGCACCAGUGCUAGUCAAAACAGGAUCGGAAGCGGCUAGCGCCGGCCAGGAUCGAUUACACUUUACUGCAGGAAGUUACGGACGAAUUACUCGCGCUGAUGAGGCUCCUUUUAUUCCCGGUUCAUUUUCCCUAUCCCUUCCCUGGAUCCCCACAGCUGGGACCUGAUCGACGCUUGGAUGUUGAAUCUCCGCUGACCGCCCAUUCGCUAAACGAACAACUACCAUUCAUUCCUUCAGUCUGGUUCAGAUCGAUGCAGACAGCCGCUGUUUUCUAGCUUAAAGUGCAGAGAAUUAGUCGAGAUCAAGAACAGAUAGACAUUUGGGUCUUAUCAGCGG